AUGGAAGUAGAGACACAUUAUAGCAAAACUACGAUAGCCAUUUGUCCUAAGAGACAUGGGAAGUGUAAUUAUAGCCAGUACUACCGAUGGUUUCUGGCAGUGAUGCCCUCAUCGGAGGAGGAAAGCCAGUGGCUUGUUGGCAGCGGGGGCGGCCUCGCACCCUCCAGCGGCAGUACGACGAAAACGGGUGCCGGCGAGCACGGCGUGAGCACUAGAUCCGGCCUCUACACCGAGGAAAUGACGACGCAGCCGGCGAGUGUCGCCACAGCCGGCGUAAACUCGGCCUCGGCCGAUUCUGCGGAGCAUGAUCUCAUCGACUCCACCGCGGACGCGACUCUCCUGGCGCAGUUUCACGAAGAUGCCAUCAAGCAGGCUGGUGUUGGAUAUUUCCAAAUAUUUGCUGCUUUCUGCACGGGUUUGAGUCUGGCUGCCGAUACCGUUGAAAUUUUUGUUGUACCAUACAUACUGCCAAGCGCAGAGGUUGAGCUUUGCAUCGAGGACAAUGAAAAAGGAUGGCUUGGAAAUAUUACUCUCGUUGGCCUUGCUCUGGGUGGAUUAUUUUGGGGUGGUUUAGGUGACAGACUAGGAAGACGCAGAUCCCUCUUCUCAGCCAUGUCUGUGCAUUCUCUGUUUAGUGGUGUCGCAACGUUUAUGCCCACUUAUGGCACUUUUAUGACCGCUAGAUUUUGCUCGGCUCUUGGAGUAGGAGGAGCUGUACCUCUAGCAUUCGUAUAUCUCGCAGAAUGCUGUCCACGAUUAAGUAGAGGUCGCUGGACAGGUAUACUUGUGGCAGCAUGUGCACUUGGUGGUGUCUAUGCAGCACUCUUGGCUUGGGCAGUAGUACCCACAACAGGAGAAAUGGUUGUCCUGGAGAAUAAAGAACACUUCAGCGCUUGGCAUCGUUUCUUGUUAUUAUGUUGUCUGCCGGCGUUGUGCUCCACGUUUGGUCUUAUCUUUCUACCAGAAAGUCCAAGGUAUCUUAUAGAAGCUGGUCGAGAUGUAGAGGCAAUGAUGGUUUAUCAGAGGAUAUAUAAGAAAAAUAACGCUCGUAAAGGUGCAACAGGUGCUCAAUACCAACUCUCUGAACUUGAACUUCCGACUAAAAGACCACGUGGCUUGGCACCGCCAUCUCCAAGUAAUCACACCAGUGUUUUGGCAGACAUAAUAUAUUCAAUCGAAAUGUUCUGGAAUUCUUUCUUGGAAUUAUUUGCUAUACCUCACUUACGUGUGACUUUGGUACUAUUAAUUAUCUGGACCGCUGCUUCAUUCAGUAUUUACGGUCUUAUGAUAUGGUGUCCUGAAUAUCUGAAACUUUUGCGAGCGAAGGAAUACAGGGAUCAUACCAGACACUUUCAAAGAGAAGAGCACAAUGGUACAACAUUUACUGGUUCUUGGGAAAAUCGUCAGUACAAAGACUCGACAUUUUCCAACUGCAAAUUUACUAAAAUGAUAUUCAGCCAUGUCGAUUUUGACAAUUGUACCUUCCAAUCGGUUGAAUUCAGUAGCAUUAAGUCUAGCAAAACCCACUUUAGAGACAGUGUUAUUAUAUAUUCAAAAUUUGUUGACACAGAUUUAUCUGCACAAGUUUUCACCAGAUGUAAAUUGGAAAAUAACACGGAGCUGAGUUUAAGUGGGUCCUGUCCAACUCUCGAUCUCGAUUAUAACAUUUAUAUCGAAGAGGCGCUACAUGCUCAUCUUGUUGCUCAAUUGGCUUUUGUACCCGCUGCUGCGCUAGCAGGUUUAGCACUUACCGUUCUUCAGCGGCCAAAACUAAUUGGUCUCUCACUUUUUCUCUCUUCCGUUGUUGCAUUAUGUCUGAUAUUAAUUCGCCAAAAUAGUUCGGCAGUUCUCGGUUUCGAAGGAGGCUUCACAGCUCUUUUUGCUGUUGGAUGGACAUCGUUAACUUUGGUGACAGUCGAGAGCUUCCCUACACACUUAAGAUGUACCGGUUUUGGACUCAUAGCAGCAGCUAUGAGAAUAUCAGGUCUGAUAGGAACCACGACAUAUCAGACAUUGGUGGGUACGCCAUUAAUUGCGCCCGCAUUAUUGACUGCGCUAACAUUAUUAAUUGCUAGCGUUAUAACUUUUAAAUUGCCUCAUACUCAUACUGUCUUCUUGUAAACUUUCUAUGAAUAGAAAAGAAUAUCAGCAACAUUGAUAUAUCUAAAACUAAAAAUUGAUUAUCGCAUAUGAAACAAACUUAUACGGUACUCUAUCACUGACGAAUGAAUUCUCAAAAAGAAUAAUCUCGAAUGCGUCAAAGACGUACAGAAGGAGAAGACGUGCUAUUCUUUAUUCUUCAUUCUUAAAACUUAUUCGAAAAAAAAUGUUCAAAACGUGUCAAUAAUUCAAUUUUAUCAAAAAGAAUUUUUUUAGAAUAUAAAACUUUAUACAAAGUAACAUAUCCUAAGUAAUAAUAGAGCACUGUCGUCUUUCGAGACACUUGCAUAUUUGAAGCGCACAGAACGUUCACAGCGACUUUAAUUUGCUAACGCAGAAUAGCGUAAUAGUCCCUUGGACUUGGAUCAAAGUACUCUUGUAUCGUAUUACUUAUGAAACGCAACAUUCACUAUAUGCGAAGGAUAUGCAAUGUGCGAUAAAAAUUUAAAAAAAAAAAUCGAUCGGCUCUGACACGGACGUUUCCGUGUGUAUAAUAGUCACUCUGAAACUAACGUAAUUACUUCACUAUUUUACCUUUGACGAUAUAUAAAUGGUUACGCAAGUAUAUUGAGCAAAAGACAUACACGUAUGUACAACUAUUUUAAUAAGGCUCAUGCCAUAAAACGUGUCAAUUUUAAUAGAGGAUGUACAAUCAUCCAUAAUGAUAUAUAUCAUAUACAUUAAGAAACAUUGAUUAGAGAGAUAUAUUGAUAAUGCAAUUUGAUAUCUCAAUUAUUAUUCCGAAUACAACGCUUAUAAAAUACAUAGCUGUUCUCUCAAUCUAUAGAUUAAAUAAUAUCGAUAUAUGAUGUGUGAAACUUGGAUAUAUUCCGCGAUAUAUAUUUCGCGAAAGAUAUCUAUUCGCUCAGAUUCAGUAACACAAGACACUACAUGAAUAUCCGCAUACAGAUCAAUUAUGAUGAUGCAACAAAUCAUUUUAUGUUUUUAUGCAAGAAGAGAAAUGAUAUUUUUAUUUCAUGCGCAGAAAACAUUUCUAUAAAAGGAAAAUAAUCGGACAAUUAUAUGUUCAAUACUUCUGUUUUUUUUAAUCAAUUUAUUAGCAUGCACUCCAGAUUACCGACUAGAUGCUAAAAUGCUGCUAAUGAUAAAUAAGGAAGAAAGAGAGGGGUGGAAAGAGACACACACAUGAUUCACGUAAUGUAAACGCUGCCGUAUGAAAUCUUAAAAUAUCUAGAUGCAAACUUUCGAACGAGAAAAAAAGACAGAGAAGAUUCAGCUUCGUAGCGUAAAGACCCAAGAUCUAUCAUCUUCAACGUUAAUCGUCUUCUAACUUAUGAUCAAUUACAUAUAUAUGAACGUGUGCAUCUGACUUUCUAGUGAUGUGUAUAUUAAAACGUAGAACGUUAUUUUCUACAAGAACCAGGAUCACACGUCUUGACAUAAAUAUAUAUAAAAUGUAAUAUCUGUGUAAUAUAUAUUCACUUGAUGAAACUUUGUUAAGGUUUUAUCUCCACCGACAACAGACAACAAUGUAUAACACUGGCAAGUUAAAAAGAACGUAAAGAAAGUUUGUUGAAAGGGAGAAGCAACUUAUAUCUAGGCAAUAAGAAUGUAUGAAAGUCCGACGCAGAUCGAGUCUUGCCUACCAGAAUUCAAAAAAUAUACUUUAUAGAAUUUUGGAGGAGUUCGUCAAGACAAAGAAAAUGUCGGUAGAUUUAAUAGGAUAAAUGUCUACGUCCCGUCACGGUUAGUGAAUUUUUUUCAUAUCAGACUGUUGAGACGAUCGAUAUACUUAUACAUCCUAUAUAUAUACACAAAAGUUUAAUAUCCAGGCCAAUCUGGGCCGAGAUUUAUGAACGUCUCGUCGAGGAAAAUAGAAAGAAGAGACCAUUACGAUGACCGACACACGAACGCCGUUACACAUUCCAGUGAUUGUCCUGAGGAUGAUUUCAUCUUCUUUCGAUGAAAAUCCUAACGGAAGUCAUUUGUUUCUGCUUAAGGAAAUCGCGGUUCGUCGUAAACUUGGUCGUGGAGCGAGUUGUGUCGGUGUCGCAAUUGCGAUCACAUCGAUUUAUGUGACAAUGAAUCACGAGGAUUAUAAUACAUCUGAACAAAAGAUAUUCUAAUUGAAGUGCGAAAUUUAAGUAUGCUUACGAAACUUUCGUCGGGACCAUACGACGUUUUUAUUAGCUCCUUUUUAUAUUGGACGUUAAUCAAAAUACAAUAAUAUUGAGAUAACAUAUCGAUGCCGGCACACACGCAACCCCACGUAAUUAAUUCUACUACAACAUUCAAGUCUAUCAUCACACCCGUAGAUAUAUAUAUAUAUAUUAUAUAUAUACAUUUUACUCAACAUAUCAUAUUUAUGAACAAGCACUCUAGAUUUAGGCCUUAGUCAGAUUAUUGAUUAGAAACACACAUAAACAGAAUACGUAAAGACGGUAGUGCGAGAUGACUCUCGAGUAGACUGAUCGAGAUAGAGGAUCUGCCGAGGCACUAUUUUCCUAUCUUAUGUUUCUUUAGCGAUUAUGUUUAGCUAAUAUAUGUAGCGUAUAUACAUGUUUUGUUUUACACAACGAGAUUAUCAACUGAUUAAGUGAUAAGAAGAAAUGCAAUACUCGUAUAAUCUGGUCAAACGUGCAUUUUACUAAUAUUAAAUGCAAUUACUCGACUCAAUUUUACUAAUAUUAAAUAUAAUUAUUUAUUCAUCACUGAGAAUAUUGUAUACAUAUCACGCUGUUCAGACUGGAAUUAACGAUCAGUUGGUAAUCACUGUUUCAGAGAGACUGCUUCUUAUUAUUAAAAUUGAAAGAAUUUAAUUAGUUAAGAUCUUUUACAUAGCCGAUGAUGACACGAGAAACAUUGUACAAUAUAUCAUUUCUAUUUUAGACUUUACGUUUGGUCAUAUUUUUGACUGAUCGCACAGCUUUUAAUCCUUAUGAUACAGGAACGGAAACUUCGAGGCGAGAUUUUUACGUGAGAUUGUAAAAAAUAUGUGAAUAAGUGAUAAGAGAUAAGUGUUUUUUAAAAUUGUUAUUAUGAAAUUCUUAUAGCUAUAUCGAGAUUAGUUACAAAAUUUAUAGAAUUAUUUAUUCUUGACAAAUGCAUGAAAUUAC